CCAGGCUGAGCCUAGUCGGCAGUUUUCACUCUCGCCGUCGCGAGGUUCUCUCCCUGUUGCAAUCUCUAGCCGCAACCACCAUGUACCUCCGUGUCCCCCUCAUCCUCUUCCUGCUCGCCAGCGCAGGCCCUUCCGAGGCCAAUAUCUUCGCCCGCGGCUCCGAGCACAUCCUCCGCAGCAUCGACUCUGCGCACCGACAUGCGGUGAAGCGCAGCUCCAAUCUCGCUCGCGACUUGCGACGCGCAUUCUCUCCGAUCUUGGUGUCUCAGGACAGUAGCUCGCAGAGUGUGUACUGUGUUACGGGCGAUGGGCUCACGGAGAGUGGCGGCGGGUCGUCUGGGUCUGGGUCGUCAGGCGGCUCUGGUAGCGGCAGUGCAUCUGCGAAGGCAUCGGGAACCGCUUCAGCGUCUGCAUCUGCUGCCAGCAGCUCGAGUGCGGCGUCGUCGUCAUCGCCGUGGAAAUUGCAGCAGAGCUAUGAGGGCAAUUCCUUCUUUAGUGGUUGGACGUUCUUCACGGCGUCCGAUCCAACUGACGGAACCGUCCAAUACGUCGACUCGGGCACUGCUUCGUCCGCCAACUUGACGGGCAUCAACAGCGCAGGAAAUGCGUACAUGCGCGUCGACACGACACAGACCGUGUCGGGCAACCGCCAGAGCGUCCGUAUUACCACAGACUACACGUUCACCGGCGGUCUCGUCAUCCUCGAUGCCGUACAUAUUCCUACUGGCUGUGGCACCUGGCCAGCCUUUUGGUCUGACGGCCCCAACUGGCCGAACGGUGGCGAGAUUGACAUCGUCGAGGGUGUGAACAGCCUGACCAUCAAUCAGGCGUCUAUUCACACCUCGUCCGGCUGCAAUCUCCCGUCUGGGGACAGCAGUACGUUGGGCAUCAGCGGCACCAUCGUCGGUGGCACCAACUGCGCUGCCGCGGAGUCGGACGACUCUGGCUGUGGCGUACAGUCGAGCAACACCAACUCCUUCGGUGCGGGCUUCAACUCCAUCGGCGGAGGGGUGUACACCAUGCAAUGGACCGAUGAAGGUAUCAAAGUCUGGUUCUUCCAGCGUUCGUCGAUCCCGUCGGACAUCUCGAGCGGUGCUCCGAACUCGUCCAACUGGGGAACGCCCUUGUCGUUCUGGCCGAGCACAGACUGCACCAUGUCCAAGUACUUCUACGACCACCAGGCGAUCUUCGAUACCACACUCUGCGGCCAAUGGGCGGGUAAUGCCUGGGGGCAGUCGGGUGUCCCCGGUCAGGAGCAGAGUUGUGCUGCUACGACCGGCGUGUCGACUUGUGCCGAAUACGUCGCGGGUCACGGCGAUGGCUUUGCUAAUGCCUACUGGGAGGUCAAGAGUGUGAAGAUCUACCAGGAAAGCUCAUAAUCUUGCUCUCUCUCCAUCACGAAGGGAUAUCUUGACGACACACACGACCACUGACACUGUACUAUGCUGUAUCUUAUGUUGCUUGGUUCUGGAAGUCUUGGAUAGGUUGCUCUAGAGGUUGUAUUCAUGGAGGAUUCACGGUCGCCAUUUAAUCAUAUAGACAUGACUAAGUUGUAGUAUCGCACUGCACGGAAUGCAAGCCAUACUGUGUUUUCUGCAUGCCAGUGCACUGCUGAGGGCGCUAGGCGGGUUGGGAACCUGGGCAACGCCCAUUCGCACACAAUGACACUUCCAGAGGCAUGGGGAAAGGGUCCUGCUCAGCAUAUCAUAGCGGUGCAUACAAGGGGUGCGCGGUUUUGGUAGUGCGACGGGAGAAAACCGGGAGAGAAUGCAAUGCGACGGACAGAGGACGAGAUGAGGGCUA